GAGCUCUCUUAUUGGGGGUCAGUCAAAAAGCACAAUCAUAAUCAUCAGUACCAAAGAACAAACACAAAAACUGAAACUACCACACACACUUCCAAACACUCACACACUUUCUAUAGCUACCCUCAAUCUAUAGCUAGCUAGCAAUAUUCUCUCAAUAUGAUGCAUCGUCAGAUUGAGAUGGAGAAUUCUGAGCUCUUCCAAUUCCUCACAAACACCAACGAUGCUUUCUUCAACACUGCAUCAUAUGGCCUCCCUGCGGCACCUGCAGCAUCAACCAUGCAGCACAGCUUCUCUGGCUCCUUUUCUUAUUACCCUUUGGAAGCAUCUCAUGAUCAUCAUGCCCCUUCUCAUGAAGACAAAGCCCUUGCUGCUUUGAGGAACCACAAAGAGGCUGAGAAGAGAAGAAGGGAAAGAAUCAACUCCCACCUCGAUAAGCUUCGCACCCUUCUUCCUUGCAAUUCCAAGACGGACAAGGCUUCCCUUCUUGCCAAGGUGGUCCAACGGGUGAGGGAGUUGAAGCAGCAAAUAUCCUCACUAUCCGAUUCCGAAGCGUUUCCGUCGGAGACAGAUGAGGUCUCCGUCUUGUCCACCAGCGGUGACAACGACGACCACGGUGGUUGUGACGACAAUGACGGACGCCUCAUAUUCAAGGCCUCUCUGUGCUGCGAGGACCGCUCCGAUCUCAUCCCCGAGCUCAUCGAAAUCCUGAGGUCUCUGCGCCUGAAAACGCUCAAGGCCGAAAUGGCCACGCUCGGAGGAAGAACCCGCAACGUUCUCGUGGUGGCCACGGAUAAAGACCAUAGCGGUGAAUCGAUCCAGUUUCUGCAGAACUCGCUGAAGUCUCUGGUGGAACGCUCCAGUAAUUCCAACGACAGAUCCAAACGGCGCCGUGUCCUAGACCGAAAGUUCAUUGCUUAAUUAUUAUCUAGCAGAUGCGGUCAAAGUUUUAAAUUUGCAGUUGCGGGAAUGUUAUGAAGAUGCAUUACAUCUUUUAGAGGAUAAAAGUUAAGAACAAGACAUAGAUAUAGUUUUUGUAGAUGCUUUGGUGUUGAUCUCUAAUUAAAAUUAGAGUUUCGUUUAGAUAAUUUACGUUGACCUUUAAUUCAAAUCUUUGUUAUGGGCACAGCUAAAACUCUCAUUUUAAUUGAAAAAUA